AUGUUUCCACUCACUCUUCUUUACGCCUUUAUGGCAGCCAUUCCUUUCCUCAUCUCAGCCGUUCCUUUAGACUCUAACAAUCACGUCGCGCCUAUCACUCCUUAUUCAAUUCCUUCUCUUGAACACCUUCUUACCGGACGAGCCCUUCCGACUGGCACAUGCAAUGCAGACACUCCAUGUGAGAAUGCGGCUUGCUGUGGUACCAAUGGGCUUUGCGGCUACUCUCCAACAGAGUGUGGCAAGGGCAAUUGCACAUCAAAUUGUGAUGCCAAAGCUCAAUGUGGACAAUACGGCAAAGAAGGCUCUCAGGAAUGCCCCUUGAGUGUCUGCUGUUCUGAGUUUGGGUUCUGUGGUUCUACAAGUGAUUUCUGCGGUAAAGGCUGCCAAAAGGAUUUCGGCGGUUGUGGAAAUGUCACAAGACCAUCCUGUUCAGGCAAUUCUGUCUCUAAGCGCACAAUUGGUUACUAUGAGGGAUGGUCCAACACUCGCAGUUGCCAAGCAGUUUCGCCGGAGGACCUCAACCUCAACGGAUUCUCUCACAUCAACUUUGCUUUUGCAUUCUUUGAUCCACAGACUUUCCAGAUUGCUCCCAUGGACACCGAGACUGGCAAGCUUUACAGCCGAUUCACAGCACUGAAGAAGAACAACGCCGGAUUAGAGGCCUGGAUCUCUGUUGGUGGAUGGUCAUUCACCGACCCCGGAGCUACCAGGACAGCCUUCAGCGACAUGACGAGCACAUCUGGUAACAGGCAGAAGUUCAUCUCUGGCCUGAUUGACUUCAUGGAGCACUAUGGUUUCGACGGUGUUGAUCUUGACUGGGAGUACCCUCAAGCCGACGACAGAGGCGGCGUCACAGCAGACAAGAAGAACUACGCUCUUCUUACGAAAGAGCUCAGGGCUGCUUUUGGCUCACGCUACGGAAUUUCAAUGACGCUGCCGACGUCAUACUGGUAUCUUCAGCACUUUGAUCUUGCAUCUAUUGCAGCAGAUGUCGAUUGGUUCAACUUCAUGGCUUAUGACUUGCACGGAACUUGGGACGCUGCGUCCAAGUUCGUCGGACCUUACCUUGCACCUCAUACUAAUGUUACUGAGAUCGAUAUGGGCCUCGAUCUCCUAUGGAGAGCUGGCGUGAAGCCUGCCAAGGUCAUACUUGGCCUCGGGUGGUACGGACGCAGCUUCACGCUUUCUGAUCCCUCUUGCAAUAAGCCCAACGGCGUGUGCCAAUUCUCUGGUGGUGCCUUGGCAGGGCAAUGUUCGAAUGCAUCGGGCAUCUUGACCCUGCAAGAGAUCAAUGGAGUCAUUGACUACAACGGCGUAAAGCCCGUAUGGGACAAGGACGCCAUGGUGAAAUGGAUUACCUGGGAUGACAACCAGUGGGUCUCGUACGACGACGACGACACCUUUGAACAGAAGCGCAAGUUUGCCAACUCCCGCUGCUUGGGAGGCACAAUGGUCUGGGCCAUGGAUCAAAGGGACCAGGGAGAAGACAAUGGAUUGGCUCCCGCUUCCGGUGUCACCACUGGUCAGCAAGAAGACGCCCAGGAAAUGGCUCAAGGACUGGUCGCCGGAGUGUCAUGUUACACGACAGAUUGCGGAGCGAGCUGCAAGAAGGGCACUAAUCCGGUCACCCAGAUGAAUGGGCAGCCCGGAAUGCUCUCAACCAGUGAUCGCUGCGACAAAAAUAAGUAUCGCACGCUCUGUUGCGAUGACGGCACGACUAUGGGCACUUGCAAGUGGCGCGGCUAUCGCGGUUUAGGUCUGUCAUGCAUGGGUGGCUGUGAUGAUGAAGAGACCGAGGUCCUCCAGGAUACGAACAACCACAGCAAGAAUGGCGACCAGACGUGCACUGGUGGUAUUCAGAGUUACUGCUGCAAGGGCUUUGAAUCAGCUCCAACGAAAGAAGAGCUAGAGGAGGAAGCCAAAGAAAAGGCCGAGGAGUUGGCCGAAGAAGCGGCUGAACAAGCAGCUCUCGACAUUGCAGCCAAGGCUUUCUGUCGACUCGCUAUUCCUGCUCUCUUAGCACCCUUGGAGUUGAUUGAGGCUGCGAUCCCGAUCAUUGGCGAAAUUCUGGAUAUUGCUGAGAUCGCCGCGACUCCAGCCCUGAUUCAACUUUGUACCGAUGGCAUUGAGAAAGAAGGCAAAGCGGUAUUCAAGGUUUUCGGCAAGGAACACUCCGUUUCGUUCAACAAGCCAUCCAAGACAGUGUCACGACCGCCAAAGUCUACUCAUUCACCGGCAAAGACCUCUUCGUGUCCUUCAAACGCGAAACGUGCGGAUGAUGGGAGACCCUGCAAGAGACAAAAGCGUUACAUGACAUCUCAUCGAACCAGUGAAAUUGUAGUCUCGACGAGCAAGCUUCCAGGCAACGGCUACAAGAUUCCUUGCAAUGGUAAUGGGGGCGUCUAUCCGGAGGCUUGCAAGAACUACAAGUCCAUUGUGGACAAUUACCCCCAGUACAAGACCAUCACCUGCCCUUACCGCAAGAUCGACGACAAGAAACGCCCAAUCACAGGAGUCUUCAACCAACAGCGGUCGACAGCCCUCUGGGAUCCCGUCAUCAAUGCGCCUAACGGAUGCUCCCCAGACGAAUACCCGCCAGCGGUCAUGGCACCUGUGAACGAUGGGUACAGCUUGCUCACCUCCAUGAUCAAGGAUGGUGAUACAGAGGUACGCAGAUUGCUCAGUGCGAAGCCACCCUCGGUAGAUGGACAGAUGGUUCGCUAUCUCGAUCUGGUCGACAACCGGGAAGCCGGAAAGAUCUUCGACAAGUGCCGUCAGCCGCCUGUGGCCAGUGAUAUGCAUCAAACCGUCACCGUCAUCAAUCCAGAUGCCCGAGUGCCCAUUGAGUGGCAUCUGACAAAGGUGGCACUUUCACGUCUCGUUUGGGAGCUAGACUUUGAUGGUCUCCCUGAUGACUCUAACGAUUACGGUAUCGCGAACAACAUCUGUGUGCCAACGAUCAACGGAGUGAAGCACCCUGGCUACGCUCUCCUCAACGAGGAUGACUACUUUGAUACGCACGCCGCAGAGGCAGCGCUGAGAGCUACCUGGCCCAAUGGUCCGGCACAAAAGCGUUGGGUUGAGCCAGCAGGCUUAGUGGUGGAGGGCGUUAACUCUACCAGGGUGGCAACUCCAGAGGAGCUGCGCGAUCACCUUGGCUUCGAUGAAUGCACAGAUAGUAGUUGCUCACGAGAGAUUGAGAAGCUAAAGGAUGUCGCUAGAACGUUCAGGGACAAGGCCGAGCAGGCGGCCAAUUCGCCCGCUGAAGCGCCGGCACCUGAGCCAACGCCUGUCCAUGAACACAGCGUCGUCCAAGCCCUUCCUCCGAGCCAACCUGGGCGGUCGUUUGACUCUGAUAUUCCUAUGUAUACAGGCAUCUGA